GAAAUUUACAUUACCUCUGACUUCCUUAAUCUUCCAUUUUGCAGAACCAUAUUUGUUCGAUAAAUUGUACACGCCGGAACAAUUUAGACUGUGCACAGAGUAGCUGUCAUUGGCUGAUGUUGGAUAUCUUCAAAACGGACGGCGCAACUCGUCAAAGCAAAGAGCUCAGAUUUGCAAUCGUUCUUUUUUAUUUAUUCAUUUCAGGGUCCAGUAUAAAAUUGAAACAAUACCACCAUCGUUAACCAUCGAAUGUAUGAGUAAUUUUGAAAAGCUGAAACUGUGUUAGCGGAUAUAGAUUAGCUUGUUUCCUGUUUGCAUUGACCGUAAUAGCAUCAAAAGCCAAUUUAAGUCAUCUCCUGCGUCGUUUUUUGCUUUCUAAGUUCCACCAGCAAGAUGGAAACAGACGUCGAAUUUCUGCGUGAUCAAGUCCACAGACUUAAUUCCUCCCUCAGCCAGUAUCAGCGUGGUGAGCUUGUUCACAUUAAACCAUCCCAGGGUGAAGAGGAAAAGACUGAAUUUGCUGCUCCCUGGCUUUCCGAUAGGAGUAUAAUGGCCCCUCUAAUAGCUGAAUAUGAUCGGCACAUUGAUGAAAUGUCUAAGCAACUGCAGAAGUACCAGGUGUCCAUGGCAGAUGUCAAGGCAAAGUUGGAGACUGUCGUUCAAGAAAAUGAAAGGUUGCAUACAGAACUAAGAGAAUCAGUUGAGAAGCAGCUUCAGUCAACCACAAAGACCUCUGGAGUGGAGUGCAGCACAGCAGAGGAGGAAGCAGUUGUUAAAAACCUCCAAGAGCAAAUAAAGCUGUCAGAACAGGAGCGGAUGCAGGCCAUGGAGUUGUGGCAAACAGCAACGCUAGAGCUUGAUCGCCUCCAGGAGGUCCACCAGAAGAGCCUCACAGAUGGACAUAAUGCCACUGCCAAGGAACAGCAGCUCAAGGAUCAACUUGCGGUUACCCAACAGCAUGCACAUAAACUUCAAGUGACCAAUCAGGAACUGCAAGUGACCAAUCAGCAGCUUCUAAUGACUGUCACGGAGCAGAGUACGGAGAUGGAGGGGCUACGCAGCCAGCUCAGAACGACCAAAGGUGAUUUGGGGACUGCUACCAACAAAGUGGAGGACAUGAAUAAACAGCUCCAGUUAAUUCAGCACCAGCUAAAGAUACAGGAGGAAGAUCUAAUUGAGGCUCACAGCCGAGAGGACGCAGCAGAAAGACGAAUUCAACAGCUUCAGUCAACCAUAAGUCAGAACGAGACCAGGCUGAAAACGACAUGCCAGGAGGCAGAUGAUGUUCGUGGAGCACAAACUAUGUGGGAGCAAAUGUCAGGAAAUUAUAAGGCCCGAUGCACUACCUUAGAACAGGAGAAGUAUGAAGCCCUGGAUAAAGUUCGGGAGAGUGUACAGAUGGCUGAGGAGGCAGUACUACAGAAAAAUGAGGCUCUAGUAAAAGAGAAGCAGAUGAUGGAAGAACUUGAAAAGACAAAGAAAGUCAUUCCACAGCUGAUUGAGGAUGCUGCCUUACGCACCAGAAAAGAGGUGGAUAAUAUUCGCAAACAGUGCAAUGUUGAACUCUGUCGUAUGGUCGAGGAGCUGUCCUUAUUGCAACUGGAGUGUGCAGACAAAGAAUCUCAAAUUGAGAGGUCUAAGCGGGAGAGAAAACUUUUAGAGGAUGAGCUGGCAAAGGUGGUUAAGGAGAGCAGAGCAGAACAAGAGCUUGGAAAAUUGGAUGUCCUUCACCAGAGGUGUCUCAGUGCAGAGAGGAAGAAAGAUGAAAUAAGCAUCACCUUGCAAAGUACCCAAAACAAACUAAAAAAGAUGGAAAUGGGCUACAAUGAAGAUUUGUCCCGCAUUCAGGAAGAGGUUAUGCGACUAAAGAAUUGUUUGGCUGUGGCAAGAGAGGACUGUGUGAAACUCAGUGAUGAGCGGCUCCAGCUACAACAAGAGAACUUUCAGAUACGCAGGGAGAUGGAUGAGCUACGCAAAUCCACCUUGCUUGUUGAAAAGAAAGCUAAACAACAGGCAUCACAGAUGGAACAAGAGUACAGCCUAAAGGAAAAGACCCUUAAUGCACAGAUGAGUGACUUGGAAGAGAGUAGUCGAAACUCAAGUGCCGAUCUGAUGCGUCUUCUGACUGCACAGAAAAAAAGUAUUCAACGAUGGAAAGAUGAAGCAAAGAACAUGUCACAGGCCUUUGCGAAUAAAAUGAAAAAUCUGAAGGCAGAGCUCAGUCAACAAAAGCAGCGGUCACAUGAGUUAGAGCUACAGCUCAAAAGUAACUUCAAAGUUAUUGAAGAGUAUGAGAGACAGCUAGCAGAGUCCCAAGAGAAAGCCAGUCGUCUCCAAAGACGCCUGACUGAUGUUGAGCAACGUGCAGCUAUUGCUUCACAACAGAUGACCAUCAUGACAUCCAAGCAAAGAAAAAUUCAUUUUUCUGAUGCAAAGAAUGAAUAAUGGCACUUUUCACAGGUCAAAUGGUACUGCAAUGAUGAUCUUAGUGUGACACAUAGCAUAAAAGUACUCAGGUGUAAAAAAUUUUUGGUCAAGACCUCCCUAUUUGUUUGACUUUCUUAAAUCCAUCCACACCAUUGUGAAUCAGAAAAAGUAAUCCACCAAGCGUGGGCUGAAAAUUUGUUGGGAAAAUUAUUUUAUCCGAAACAGGACUAAAAUUAUGUUUUCUGGUUAGGUCUGAAACAGUUUAUUUGUUUGGUCAGAAAUAAAACCAAAUAUGAUUAACUUGCGAUGGCAGACAGUGCUAAUGGUGCAACAUUUUUAAGGGUGCUCAUCACUUGUUAGGUGUAAUGUUCUUGUGCUUAAUAUUUAAGCAUCAACUAUUUGAAUUCAUUAUGUUAGCAUUAUUGUAAAGAAGCUGAGCUGUAAAGUAUUGUACAAUAUAUACUAUCAACGUCAGUCAACUUUAAAUUGAGUACUGUUAAGUGGCGCGUCUAUACUAAAUUAGGGGGAAAUGUCCCUUUUCUUCUCCGGUUAUUGGUAAAAAAUGAAGGCCACUUGAAAGAAGCAUGGAGCUUUAUUGUUUAAAUAUCGCCUGACCAAACUCUUUUACCAUUGGUAGCAAUUUGGUGCUGACAUUUUCCCCAAAUCAUGUGCCUUCUUCUAAUUCUUCCCUGCAGGGUAAGCAUGUGCAACACACAAUGCUGCCCCCUCUGUUCAGUGUAUUCAUGUGCCUUGAGAGGACCACAUGAUUUAUACAUGGUGGUUUAUUGGCUGGUUUGAAUCAGUUUUGCUCUGUUUUGAAAGUUGGAUGAUGUGUUGCUGAGGAGAGUUGAAUGAAACUUACACAGUAUCCAAUAAUAGUCAACUUUUAUACUCAAGUUGACUAUUGCUGCUUCAACAUAUGUUGAGCAAUGUUGGAUUGUGUAGUUGAGGUGGCUCACUUCUUGGUUCUAUAGGUUCCUACAAGCAACACCACUAUUUAUGGGCGACUGCUCCUAAGUCUUCCAACUCCCAACUAAGGCUAUUAGCCAUGAAAACAAGCUCUACGGUAUUUAUUUCAGACUUCUAAGAUGGAAAUCCCCAUAAAUGUGUGUUUAUCCUAUGUGCACACAUAGGGAAUGCAUUCUGCUUUUGCUUCUAUACUAUUGUAUAAGAACUUUAUGCUGCAUUUUGUGCAAAUGAAAAGUGUGACGCAAAUUGUAGUUUAAUUGAUUUAAUAUGCCAACACAUCACACAAAUAACCAGUAAGUUAAGUUGCCAAGAAUACCCAAUGGCAAUGGUCCAGUCCACAUUUUCUCAAAUUUUAUUAAGUUCAAGAAUUCUGAAAUACUAAUGUUGUUACGCCACAGAUUCUAAACUGACUUCAGAAAUACUUUGUAUGCAAUGCCAUGACAUCCUGAUAUGCAUCUCAAUGAAUGAUUGAGAAUACAAAUAUUUUACAAAGUACAAUGUGUUUUUUAACCCCUUGAAGCUUAUUAGCAUAAAAUGGUCCCAUUUCAGAUCAAAACUGUUUUAAAACACCACAGAUGCUUGUUGUUACAAGUUUGAAUCAUGCAUAAAAUAUCCAUUUUGUGAUUAUAAUUAUGCUUCUAUGUAUUUUUAACUUUCUCGAUUUAACAUCUAGAUCGCAAAACUGCGAGUAAAUGAUUUUUUAAUCUAUUGUUUUUCAUCUUGGUGUAAAGUGUUUUGUUAGCCCUGUUUGUUUACAUACCGUUUUGUUACCGAUUUGUUAUUGUUUUAUUUAAGCCUGCAAUUAAAAAAAAGUUCAUAACAGCAUAAAUUUCUCGAUCGCUUCAUGAUUGUGUAAAUGGUUCAUUACAUUUGUAUGUCUUUAGUAGCCAUAAAUUGUUUUCAUGGAAAUUUAAGGUUUUUAUAUAGAUAUGUUUACCUGCGGUCAUAAGUGUUGACUUUUCAUCAUUCAGUUAAAGUAACACUCGGUAACUUUUCAGUUUUGGUCGAUUUUAGCGACGCAGGUGGACAAAAACGGUAGUAUUUUGCCUUAAAAGAAGACUGUGUUUCCCAUGAGGACCAGCACAGGGUCGUAAAAUCCCGACCUCCCGGUCACCUGCAAAUACAUUAAAUGGCAUUUCUGUUUCCAGCGGGCUUGUGAAGGAUGAAUAGUAAAGAGGUAAUAAAUCCAGUUGUGGCAAAACAGUAACAUGUGACUAUGUUGAAUAUCCGAAGCGUUUGAUUUUGUACCGUUUUCCCCCCACCUGCCCUCCAAACCCUGCCUAGUUGAGGGGCCGGGGGGGUCACACCAGCGAGUGAAAGCUGGGCCAAUAUUUAUUCUUGAGUGUCCUUUUAUCCUGUUA